UGAAAGAGGUGGAGUCUGAAUCCGAAGCUGAAGGUGGGGAGGGAGGAAGGGAGUGAAGAGGAAAAAAAGAGAAAAAAAAGCAGACACAACAGAAACGGGGGGAGGACGACGAUCCAACUGUGUCAAGUGAAAUAAAAUUUAUAUUAAGAGACGUGUUACUUCAACGACAAAGAAGAAGCCAAGAUGAUAACGGCCCAUUUCGUUGAAAAUUUCUGGGGUGAAAAAAACAAUGGAUUUGAUGUACUUUACCAUAACAUGAAGCAUGGCCAAAUAUCAACAAAGGAACUCUCUGAAUUUAUCAGAGAAAGGGCUACCAUUGAGGAAGCAUAUGCAAGAUCAAUGACCAAACUGGCCAAAUCAGCUAGCAAUUUCUCCCAGCUAGGGACCUUCGCACCAGUCUGGGACGUAUUCAAGACCUCAACCGAAAAGCUCGCCAGCUGCCAUUUAGAGUUAGUUCGGAAACUUCAGGAAUUAAUAAAAGAAGUUCAGAAGUACGCAGACGACCAGGCAAAGGCGCACAAAAAGACGAAGGAGGAAGUGGCGACCACCCUGGAGGCGGUGCAGAACAUCCAGACCAUCUCUCAGGCCCUGCAGAAGUCCAAGGAGAACUACAACGCCAAGACCGUGGAGCAGGAGCGGCUGCGGAAGGAGGGGGCGGCGCCCAGGGACGUGGAGAAGGCCGGGGUGAAGGCCAAGAAGGCCACGGAGUCCUAUAAGUCAUACGUGGACAAAUACGCCUCGGCGAAGUCUGAGUUUGAGCAGAAGAUGGCCGAAACCGCGCAGAAAUUUCAGGACAUAGAAGAAAAACACAUUCUCCACAUGAAGGAGAUCAUCCAAUCAUAUUCCCAGUCCAUAGAGGAGACACACAUGCAAAUAGGAGAGGUUCACAAAGAGUUUGUAAACAACAUGGAGAACACUACAGUGGAAAGUUUGAUUCUGAAGCUGGCUGAAAGUAAGGGGACUGGCAAAGAGAGACCUGGACCCGUUGAGUUUGAAGAGUGCAACACUGCCAUUGCCACUGAAGGAGCGAAACCUCGGAAGAGAAAAGCUUUUGCCAUUCCUGGGCGCAGAAAAGACAAGGACACAGAUUCAACGGAAUCCACAGAGGCUGAAUCUGUUAAGACCUCCAAUGGAGCUCCCCCUGGCUAUUACGGGACAAUAGAUUUCCAGAACGCGAAUGUCCCCCAGGUGGAUGAGGAGGGGUUCUGCAUCAGGCCGGAAGCAAAUGAAAAUGAUGCCAAAGAAAAUUCGUUCUACUCAUCGAGUGACUCCGAUGAUGAAGACGAACCCAGGAAAUUUCAUGUGGAGAUCAAACCGGUCCAGCCCAACAACGGGAACCACCAGGCACGGUCCAUAGACGAGCUGAAGGCUUCUAUUGGGAACAUCACGCUGUCUCCCCCUGCUUCGGGUCAGCUAAAGAGAAACACAUCCAGGUUGUCAGGACUGUAUUCACAAGCAUCAUUAGACUGGCAGGCAUCAGGCGAUGAACUUCUGAGAUCUAGGCAGCAAUCAUCUUAUAAUGACAGCAGGCUGGUCAAUAAUGACCUCCUCUCCCUGGACCCCUUCGCUCCGCCCACCCAAGGCUCCUCUUCCUCUGUGUCCUCGUCCGCAGAAAUUGCUUCCCUUUUUCAAACAAAUUUUCUUCCCUCUCUGCAAACAAAAGAGCUUGAAGUUUGUGCCACUAGUGAAAAAGCCGAAGUGCUAGUGCACCAGGAGGGCUCCUCCUUCCCCGCCUCGUCGACAGAGCUACCUUGGAAUUUAGUGGGCGAGCCUCUCCUGGGACUAAAGCCACGCCCCCGCGCGGAGAGCGCGCCGCCCACGCGGUCCGACGGCACGGAGCACGCCGCGACCGCGGCGGCGGCGGCGGCGGCCAAGCCCGCUCACGAGACCUCGGUGGACCUCUUCUCCUCCAUCUCCUGGUCCCAGAGCCAGUGGAUAGCCUUCAACGACGAGCUCGUACCGUGCAAGCGGCCAAACGCCAGUCCCAGGGACCUGCAGAGGCCGCUGUCGAUGCCCCCGGCCAAAGCCUUCCGGUUCUUCUCGGACGACCCCAACGACCCAUACAACAGAGUGGCGUGCCGCGCCGGGCUGUUUGCGGAGCGGAGCCCCUCCCCCUCGAGGCUCUCUCCGGCCGCGGCGGGCGAUAGCGCGAAGGCCGCGGCUAGCCAGGCGCACAACGCCUCUCUGCAGGGCCGGCCCACCACCCCCCUGGCAGUUGGGACCAUAGUGCCCCCUCCGCGGCCGUCCUCCCGACCAAAACUCCCCGCCGGCAAGCUGGCGGGCAUCAACGAAAUAGUCAGACCAUUCAGCCCGUCGAAGACGUCCAACGCCAGCCCUCCCCCCGCGGCGCCCCUGGCCCGUGCCGAGAGCUCCUCCUCCCUGUCCUCCACCGCCUCGCUGAGCGCCGGCAACACCCCCACCGUGGACGAAGAUGCGUUCGUUGGGAAACUGCCCGCCUUCGAAAAGCGCAGCGAGACGCCCGCAGGGACUUCCCGUGGGCCCAGUCCGGUCACUCUGGGUUCCCAGGAUUCCUUGCCUAUCGCAGUGGCCUUCACAGAAUCCGUCAACGCCUACUUCAAAGGCGCGGACCCUACAAAGUGCAUCGUUAAGAUCACCGGCGACAUGACGCUGUCCUUCCCCAGUGGCAUCAUCAAGAUCUUCACCAGCAACCCAUCCCCCGCUGUCCUCAGCUUCCGGCUGAACAACUGCAGCAAGCUGGAGCAGAUCCUGCCCAACCAGCAAAUCCUCUACAGUGAUCCCUCUCAAAGUGACUCCAGCACUAAGGACUUCUGGAUGAACAUGCAAGCUCUCACAGCCUACCUCAGGAAAGCAUUGGAGCAGAACCCUGCUGCCUCCUACUACAAUGUGGACAUCUUAAAAUACCAGGUCUCCUCCAAUGGCAUCCAGUCCACUCCGCUGAACCUGGCCGUGUACUGGAAGUGCACCCCCACCACCACGGACCUGCGGGUGGACUACAGAUACAACCCGGAGUCCAUGGUGGCCCCGGGACCCCUGGCCAAUGUGCAGGUCCUGGUGCCAGUGGACGGAGGGGUGACCAACAUGCAGUCUCUGCCUGUCGCCAUCUGGAACGCGGAGCAGAACAAAUCCCUGUGGAAGCUGAGUGAUGUCUCAGAGAAGUCUGAGAAUGAAGGGGCCGGGUCCCUCAGGGCCAAGUUUGAGCUGUCAGAUGGGCCCAGCAAUCCAGCCACAAUCGCGGUGCAGUUCCUCAGCGAAGGGGGCACCCUCUCUGGGGUCGAUCUGGAACUCGUCGGGACGGGCUACAGGCUUUCCCUGGUCAAAAAGAGGUUUGCUACGGGACGAUACAUGGCAGACUGCUGAUGGUGAAGGGUUGUUUGUUCCACAAAGCACAAUUUCACUAUAACGAAAGUGUCUAUUCAACAUUUUACUCUUUGUCUGGUAUUUCUUUUGUCCUAUUUAUGUAAGGUGGAAUCAAAUCUGAAGGGUUUCAAAAUACCUUUGUUUUUUUUUUCUUGACAUUUUUGAAACAUCUUUGCAUAAAUUGAAAUGCACCUUUUGGAAGAAAUAUUUUUACUACACGAAAAUUAGCACUGAAUUUUGAACACUGUUUAAGAAAAAAAGAUUUAAAAAUGCAGGCUGUCAGGAAAUUUGUGAAAUUAAAAAAAUCUUUAACUUUGAUUUAUUCAGACUUUUAUAAAGUCAAAAAUGUAGUCUUUGUUUGAUAUGUAUAGAUAACAGUGUAAUUCAAAUAUAAUGGACUGCUAAAAACCUUUAAAAAAAAAAAACUUUAAAAAAAAAACCUGCACUAACAAUCUUUCCUGCAGUUUUAGAAUUGUUCAUUUUCUCUAAUGUAUAUUCAGCCUUAGCUCUGCCAAUAAUGACAACUUCUAAUGCUGGAAUGAGAACGACAUAUUAAUGCAUGCCUUCCUAAACUUUCCUCAGUGUUUAAAUACCGUGCUAUUUACUAUAGGAAGGCUUAAUGUUAACUACGGCAGCCAAGUUUAGUUAACAGGAUUUUGUCUGGUUCCGUUCGUGUGCAAUGACUCCGAUAUAAGCUGUCUUAAACUGAACACGUGGAUCAGAAGUGUGGCGCAAGCAAGUCAAUUUCGCUCGGACGUGACUGUUGAAAACCUCCCCGUCAGCUGUUUUACAGUAACAGUGCCUCUUUUUUAUUAGAAAAUUACCACUUCUUCAAAAUGUGCCUCAUUUUCUUAUUGUUUUUCUGUUUUCUUAAACUAUUUUGUAUUUUGUAGUACACCGAGAUAGCACAACAUUUGUGCGUACCAUCUUUUAUACUCUUGUUACUGGGAUGUUGAAGGGAAAUGCAGCUGACUUGGCUGCAUUUUAAACAAGCUAACCUUAUAUCAGCAUUUGUCUUCCAAAAUGAUCAGUCAUGGGCAAAUUGUUUCGUGAUAUGUUUCAGGAUUCACGUAUCAGCCCUUUCUUACGAUUUUGAACAUCACUUUGAAUCGAAACCACAUGGGGCCUCUUGGAAAAUAAGUGCUAAUGCUAAGGCAUCUUUCCCCAUUAACGGUAAGGCAUUAUCCUGUACUGUAAGUCACGUUCGGCAUUUGGCAGUGUCGCAUCUUGCCGGGGCCGGAGCUUUCACAGACAUCUUGGCUCUGAUAUUACAUCGUGCCGCAUAACCAGUACACCAGAAACACAAAACCUCCUCCACACCACUUCUGUGUGGCCUGUCCUGACUAAUGGUGCAAGCUGUACCACAAUGGACUAAAUGUAUCCCAUUUUUUUUUAUUUUUUUUUUUUUAAAUACAGCUACUUUAUAAUAAAUGCAUUGCAUUAAUGUCUCUGGCUUAAAAUACACUAAAAUAAAAGAGGAGAGAAAGUCUUUGUAUUAGCGUAAGUAAAUUGAGUUGAAACUGUAUUUGUGAUAAGAUGUGUUGCUUUAAAAAGGAUGACGCUCACUUAUCUGUAAUUUAUUGUAUAAAGAUUAACACACUUUUUAAGCAAUGUAGCAUUAUUCCAAAAAAAAAGAAAGAAAAGUGUCAUGGAAGUAUGAGUAUUUAAACAUGGGAAAAAAGAUUGAAACCAAAUAAGCAGACAGUGUAUUCUCUUCAGUACAUUUUAAAGACAUGGCUACUUGUUUGGAAAAGGUUCAGAGUGUAAAUGAGUUAGUCUGAAUACCUCUGGAAAAUAGUCAUACCAAUUUGCAUAUGAUUCCAAUCUAAAGCUAUAGUUUACACUACCCCUACGUAAUAGAGUUUAGAACAGAGUCAGACUACAAAUUAACUUUUUUGUCCCUACUGUUUAUAUUUAAUUUAAUAAAUUCGUACAACACAAGGGCAAUAAGGAACUGGAACUAUUUUGACCUAGGUCAUUAUUAAAGCCACUAAAAAAAUAUUUCUGCCAUUUUAUCUUUCUGAUGAUUCUGUUUUUGUGUUUUGAACUCAAGGUUUUCACAAAAGAAAAGAAAAAAAAACGUGUGUGCGCGUACAUGUGAUUCACUAACCAACUUCUGGUGCUCACCUUUAUUUUUGAUUUUUUUGUUUUUUUUUUCUUCUUGACCCGAUGCAAUAUUUGUGUAGUAUGUCAUUGCCUCGUUGUAAAAGACCACCUCUGGAAGGGCUACUUUUCUUUACAGUCAGUGGUAGCAAUAUAUCAUUUUAAAAUAAAUUUAUUACAAGUAUGAUUUUCAAGAUUUCUGAGUAAAUUGCUUUCUCUGAUGGAAGUCUCUUGUUAAAUGGACAUGUAGCCUAAAGUGCUGUAAUUGCAUUGGUAGAUUCCACUUUACGGCACCUCUGCAGCUUGUUGCCUAUGUAGUGUGAAGUUACUGUGUUUGAAGUCCACUAAAAUAAAAGGGCAUCUUAAAACUCUGAUUAUAAACUGCUUAGGGUACCCAGUCGUUGUUUUGCAUUUUUAGAUAGAUUGAACGGGAAUGUCCAUAAAGCAAAAGUGCUUUGCAUUCUAGGAAAAGCCAAUAGCCUCCAAAAGGUGUAAACAAAGAACAGAUUGGCAAAAAAUAAAUGAAAUAGUCUUUUUUUGUGUGUCUUCGUUCUAACAAUAGUAACUGUGGCCUUGUAGCAGGAAGCAGUGACAUACGUGCGAUCAGCAUGUGUUGAAACUGUAGCUUUAUACGUUGUAUUUGGCUUUACACACAUCAUGCCACAAAGAUGAGACAUUUUAAGGCCUUUCAGUUUAAAAAGCCUAUCCACUUACUGUGGCUGCAUUUAAUUACUGUGACAGCAGUGAGAUUGGGGAAAAACAGGAUGUUCUUGGAAAGUUUUUCAGAUUUUCUUUUUUUUAUUUUUUAUUUGACUACAGCAAAGCAAACCUACAGCAAAAUUGACUAUACAGUGAUUGAGUAUCGUUUUGUGUUCCAUAGCACAAUUUUAAACAAAAAUUUUAGGUUUUUGUCUUUUUUAAAGUAUUUAUUUCCAUUUGAUGAAAUGGCUCACAGUGGAAAAGGCUGUAAGCUGGCUUGCAUGGACACAUACUGUAUCAGUAAAUGCAAAUGACACUGGAAACCCCAAGCUGUUCUAAGCAGAGUUGAAAUAUAAGUCUACAGGAACUGAAUAUAUAUGUAACGUAUUUAGCGAGCUGGUUCUUGCUUCUCUACACAGAAAUCUCUCUUGCUGCCUCUACAUCAUCAGUAAUACUCUAUGGCAUUUGGAGCUUUUGUUUUCAUUUCAUUGUUUGUAUGUUUAAAAAAAUCAUGUAGUCAAAAGGAAAGUAAACAAUCUUUAAAUGUAAAUGAUAUCUCAUGAAAUGUAAAUUUUACAGUAUCUCUGCCACUUUUGUCUUUAUAAUUCAAUGUGCCUGUAAUAAAUGUGUAAUAUAUAUAUUAUAUAUACAUAUAUAAGAUUACAACUAAA